CAGGGGAGAUGGGGACGGGUGGGAGAAAGAUGAGACAGAGGGUUUAAGGUCCAGUUCAUUCAUCCUUUAGUCCUUUCAGACCUGAAGUGGGCCGGAGGACAAAGUGAUCACUGUCACCCGUCUGAUGAAGAGUUGCACACUCCAACCGAGAUGCAGUGCCGCUGUAACUCUUCAGUCGAGCACUUUUCAUCACCCUACUGGAGCCGAGCAGUGCUGUUUCCUGAUUGGGCCUAUAAGCCGGCCUGGUCUCCUGGUUCUAGACAGGUCCAGCUGUGGCACUUCCUGUUGGAGCUGUUGGGCCGCGGCGAGGGUGCGGCCAUCGGCUGGGGAGGAGAGUGGGGCGAGUUCGUCAUCAGGGACCCUGAGAGGCUGGCGAGGCUGUGGGGCGAGAGGAAGGGCAAACCGCACAUGAACUACGACAAACUCAGCCGGGCGCUCAGGUACUACUACAACAAACGCAUCCUACACAAGACCAAAGGAAAAAGAUUCACCUACAAGUUCAACUUCAGCAAACUCAUCCUGGUCAACUACCCGGGGUACCCGCCUCCACUGGGCUACCAGCUGGUCCACAGGGCCCCUCUUCCCUUGCCUGCUGAGAGCAGCCAUCCUCUUUGUGGAGGAGCAGGGUCACUGAUGGACAGAGCUGUUCAGCCUCUGCCUCAGCCCUUCUUACUCCCGUGCUGCCUUCCUAAACCGCUCCCGGCGCUCCGGGCUCUCCACUGCUCCCUCCCCUUCAUCUCCGCUCCUGCACGUCCGGGGGUCACCCCGAGAGAGACGAGGGAGUCGGUUGUAAGUGACAAUGGAUGGCCACACAGAAGCUGUGCAUGGCAGGAUGCAAGCCAUCACAUCGGCUGGGACCUGUCAGGGGGAGAGACACCGUCUCAGGCGGAAGUGGAUAAAGUGAGGAAAGACAUCAUCAGCACCAGAAACCAGAUCCUGCAGUUUCCACUCCGAACACUGAGGGGCAGUACAGCCUUUGACAACGGAACUCGUUUCCCUGGAGAGGAAGAGUGAAAAGAAGUCCCACUCUGAUUUUAUUUUCGAGUGUCAUAAUUGGAAUUUAAUCGAUCUAUUUUACCUUAAGCAUAACUAUCAUGUGGUUUAUAUUUGUAUUUUAACUUAUACAAAUAAAGGCGUUUAGAAUCAAAUAAAAAUGUCAAUAUUCUUGA